UCGUAAAUUCCGUGCGGGAGAACGAUUUUCCGAUUUUGCGGAGACACGAGCGAACGAGAUACUCUCUCUCUUCCGGAGCUUUCCAUAUCCUUCUCUCCGCGUCCCCCUUCUUCUUUUUUCCAUAUUAACGAAUAUUCCUUGCGUGGAAAAUGUCCUAGAACCGCGAAAGCUGGAGCGCUUUUCCACGUUCAUGAAAUUCCUCGGCGAUUCAUCAUUCCAGAUAUUCUAUAAAUAAUCGCGUAAUCUUUGCGAGAAGUUAGGAACGAAAAAGGACUUGAUCGCGAAGAAAUGCGCACGGAAAUCGAUCGCAAGCAAAACACCGAAGUAACAAACACCGGCGAAUUUCCACCCGAAUACUUAAUUAAGCAUCCGUUACAAAACACGUGGACCCUAUGGUAUUACGAGCCCGACAGGAAUAAGUCAUGGGAAGAAAGUCAGCGAGAGAUAACUAGUUUCGAUACAGCGGAGGACUUUUGGAGCUUGUACAACCAUAUAAAGACAGCCUCUGAAUUAAGACAGGGCUGCGACUAUAGUAUGUUUAAGCAAGGAAUUCGGCCUAUGUGGGAAGACGAUCAGAAUAAAUGUGGUGGACGAUGGUUAAUAAAUCUAGAGAAGAAACAAAGAACCACAGAUCUAGACAAUUUUUGGUUAGAAAUUUUGCUUUGUAUGAUUGGGGAAGCUUUCAACGAAUACUCUGACGAUGUAUGUGGAGCUGUAGUAAAUGUAAGGCCAAAGGGAGACAAACUUGGUAUUUGGACAUCAAAUGCUGAUUGCGCAGAUAGUGUUAUGGAAAUUGGUCGCAAACUGAAAGAAAGAUUAAGGAUUACAUCUAAAACGACUAUGGGAUAUCAAGUGCAUAAAGAUACUAUGAUCAAAGCUGGCAGUCAAACAAAAAAUACAUAUACACUUUAAAAAUAUUGCUAAAUUUAUUAUUACCCUUAAGUUGUUCAUUGAGAUAUUAACUUCCAAAAUUGCUAGAUGAAUUAUUAAUUGUUUCAAGAACUGCUGGAUUAAAUAUUAAAUAAUAUAAUUAUGUGAGUGGAAAUUUUUCUUUGCAUUAUACUACGUAACAUUAAA